CGAAUAACCUCAUAACCUCAUGCAAACCACACCCACAUUUGCUUGGUACUAUUCACAGCAUAUACUGUAUUCCCCGCAGAUUCGGUCCUGUAGCACGACUGCACAUGGGCAUCAAGUAUUCGGUGCAAGCCGUGACCCGGAACGCUGACGGAAGUUUGUCCCUGCACUCCAAGUACAAACGCUUUCUCCAGGCCAAGUGCCCCGACUUUGCCUACACCGCGUGCCUCAUCACCCCCGACAUUACUCGUCUUGUCAUGGCGAAUUGGGAUUCGGUCGCGAACGGCACGGCGUUGGGGAUGAAAGGAAUCGAGUCGCCCGUGGUGUACUUUUACGACAACUUUUACAAUGAUUUGUUCGUGGAAGACCCGUCGACUAGACCCCUGUUUCGGUCGUCGAUCAUUGUCCAAGGCAAAGCGUUGAUCAACAUCGUUCAGUCCAUCACCCAUGCCGUCAAUUCCCCCCAGGCGAUUGAACGGGUGGUCGAUUUGGCCUACCGACACAAUAAAUACAAAGUGAAAAUGGAGUACUACAACACCCUCGGCAAAGUGCUGUUGACAUCCCUGAAACGAUGCAGCGGGGGCGAUGCCGUGUGGAAUCCCCCCUUGGACCUGGCGUGGCGAACGGUCUACGCGUAUAUGCUGACGGCCAUGACUCCCAUCGUGUAUCAUGGUCAUACUGCUCCAUCCAACAAGGACAAAGAAAUGGCCAAGUCUGGGCGGUUUAUCCACACCAUGACCUUCCGCGCCCCCAAAGCUGUACAACCAAUGAACGCUGGAGGGGGCGGCCAAUGUCCAGUAAACUUCGCACAAGUGUCGCCCACAGGUGGCGUGCUGCAGUGCCCUGUGCAACCUUCUCAUCGGUAAACUGGAUAGCCCUCCUAAUAGAAUUGUUCAAAUAUACGAUAUUAU